UCUUUGGAUAUACAAGAAAAAAUUUUUAGUGAAGUUGCAGCAGGUAUAACUAAAGUCUUAUGGGCAACAUCUGAAAAGUUUAUAGAAAAUUCAAAAUUUCAAGCAUCAAAACUUGUGACAAUUUUAAACAGAACAGAUCUGAAAGUAAUUAGAAUAACAUUAGUAUAUAAAUCUCCUUUUGUGCUUCAAACUCAAUCUAAACCAUCAAAAAAAAAGGAUAUUAUUAAAAUAGUAUAUGAAAAUUUAACAUUAAAUUCUGAAGGCCAAGCAAUAAUAUAUUCAUCAACUCCAAAUGAAUGUAUAGAAAUUUUUAAUAGUUUUAAAGAGUAUAUAGAACCUCAUCAACUUGGUGUAUAUCAUGGAAAAAUGCUUGCUACAAAUGCUUUUGGUAUGGGAGUUUAUGCAUCUCAUGUUCGAACAAUUAUUCAUACUACCUUUCCAUUAUCUCCAACAAAUUUUGUGCAAGAGGUAGGACGAGCUGGUAGAGGUGGACAAUCAGCUGAAAGUUUAGUAUUAUAUGCAUGUGCAGAUAUUCGUGAACUACUAAUGAUUGUUGGUGAGAAAGUAAAAAAUGCUGACGAAUCUGAUUCAGAUACUGAGCCUGACUCUCUAGAAAUGCUAGCUGUUCGACGUCGUUGUAAGCAUUUAGAUAGAUCAAAAAAAAAAAUAUUCGCAAUGGCUUAUACCUUUGAAGAUUCAUAUCAAUGUUAUUGGAAAAUGGCAUAUGAACCAUUUAGAUGGCCAGAAGAUCCCAAAAUUUCUGAGUGUGGUGUUUGUGAUAACUGCAUAAGAUGUAUUACAGAUAAUAUUAUUUGGUGUGAUAUUAGUAUAGAUUUGCUUCGAAUUCUAGAUACUGUGGAUAAACUUUUGAGAUUCACAAAUGAUCCAGAAACACAGUUAGUAACUUUUGGUCGUAAUGAUAUCGUAGAUGUCUUUAUGAAAGCCAAUAACAAAAACAUCUGUGAAAAAAAUUUAACUUCCCUUUGGACAAAUGAAAGUGAUGAUAUGAAUGAUGACACUGUAAAUACACUUAUUCAGACUAAAAGCAUGUGUCUACAUGCGAUUGAUAGGCUUUGCUUAGAAGGAAUAUUGGCGCAAAAAGUAAUAAUCAAACCAAUGUGA